AUGCCACCACGAAACAACCCCCUCCCAGCGGCCGUCCGCCUCUUCAACUGCACAAUCUGCGAUAAAGGCUACCCACGGCAACUCGACUACGAAAACCACCUCCGCUCCUACGACCACAACCACCGCCAACGUCUCGCCGACAUGAAGAAACUGACUGCCUCCAACGACACCGAGAGCAACAAACCGAAGCAGGGUCUGGAGAUGCGGAGUAUAGAUGUGGAGAACGCGAAUAAGAAGCCGGGGGUUGGGAGUCGGUUUACGAAGAUUGGGGGUGGUGGGAAUGCUGCGGCGGGGAGUAGGUUUAAGAAGGUUGGUGUUGCGGUUGGUGGGAAAGAUGGGGUGGAGGAGAAGGCUGAGGUGGUGGUGGUGAAGACGGAGGAUAUGUCUGAGAAGAGUGUUGAAGUAUCGGUGGCUGCUGCGAUACCUGUUGCAGAGGCUGAGGUCAAGAAGGAAGAGGACACUGUCAUGGCGGAUGAGGAGAAGGCAGCCGAGAUUACAUGGGAGGAGUAUGACUUCACAAAGCCAACCGGAUGCAACCCUGCGAGCUGUUCUGGCUGUAAGACGGAUGGCAUCUGGAGCGGUGGCUGGAUGGCUGUGGAUGCUGUUUGA